AGAAGCCCCGAUGCUCUUUGCUCUGCGCUGCUGUGUACGCGGCGCCACUUAGCAAAUUUGCCGGGCGGGAUUUCCGCAAAUUAUCAAGUAUGGCGAAGACUUACGAUUAUUUGUUUAAACUGCUGUUGAUCGGGGAUUCGGGAGUCGGGAAGACCUGCGUGUUGUUCAGAUUUUCAGAAGACGCCUUUAACUCGACUUUUAUCUCAACUAUAGGUAUCGAUUUCAAGAUUAGGACAAUAGAGUUAGACGGCAAGAAGAUCAAGUUACAGAUAUGGGACACAGCAGGACAGGAGCGAUUCAGGACGAUCACAACGGCGUAUUACAGAGGCGCUAUGGGCAUUAUGCUGGUAUAUGACAUCACCAACGAAAAGUCCUUCGACAACAUCAAGAAUUGGAUUAGAAACAUAGAAGAGCACGCAUCAGCAGACGUGGAGAAGAUGAUAUUGGGCAACAAAUGUGACAUCAACGAGAAGCGACAAGUUUCCAAAGACAGAGGAGAGAAGCUGGCGUUAGAGUAUGGCAUCAAGUUCAUGGAGACGAGCGCGAAGGCCAACAUCAACGUGGAAAACGCAUUCUUAACACUCGCCAGAGACAUUAAAGCAAAGAUGGACACGAAACUGGAGGGUAAUAAUCCACAAAGCAAUCAAGGAGUGAAGAUCACCACCGAGCAACAGAAAAAGAGCAGCUUCUUCCGCUGUGUUCUACUGUGAAGACCAAGGCCUUACUGUCCUCCACCCUGCGGCUGGACUCAACUGGACUGUGCUCUUGUUUUUAGCACUUCUCCCUCUCUCUCUCUCUCUCUCUCUCUCUCUCUCUCUCUCUCUCUCUCUCUCUCACUCUCUCACUCUCACUCUGUGUUUCAGCACCUCUCUGCUUCCAGCCCUGGCACUGCUGGAGUGCUCAACUCCUCUCUGCUUCCAGCCCUGGCACUGCUGGAGUGCUCAACUUACCCCAUCUGCUUCCACUGACACAUGGUUUCUUCCAGCUUGCAUCCCUUUUCCUGAUGAGGCCAUGGCAGGCUUGCAUAGAUUUUCUUUUGUAUUGUUAUUAUUGAAUUUUCAUGACUAAAGAUUGCACCAUAGACAACACAUUCCCAUUUAGUCUCAUGAGUCUUAUCAACGGCACAGAAGAGGCCGAUAACGUCCUUCUGGGGUCGGAGCAAGAGUUUGGUCCAUCACGCUGAGGAUCAUUUCUUCGUCGUGCUUAGUUUUUCUUUUCUUUUGGACAAUCAUAAAGCAGUACAGUUUACAGGAAUCUUAAAGAACAUUUUGUGCUGACAUUUUGGCCCAAGGAUUGAAUUUAGUACAGUGGCUCAUUUUGCAGUCAACAUUUAAAAACAGUAUUUUUUGCAGAAGUAGUUCUGAUUUCGUGUUCAUUCCUCUGUGUAACUGGGCAUCGUGUUGUGCUCUGUCAUAAACUGCCCCAAGAAAAUGCACACAACAAGCCAACCUCAAAACGCAGCCUCCGGUACAACCUGCCUAACAUCUGAGUUCGGGUGAAAUACCUGAAUAUUUAUUCCGAUCCAAGACAAGAAAUUAAAUUCGAGUCUCAAAGAGGAAAAAUACCCGUCUUCGCCGUCUCAGCUUUUAUAUCGCGUGUGAUUCGCCUUCGAAAAGCAGACAUACUAUUUACACAACAGGAAACAGCUGUUUUUUUUUUUUUUUUUUAUUUCCCUUCAAAGAUUUGCCUAGACCCAUAACACACUUGUCACUUCCUGUUAGAGACCGUAGAUGGCAUCACGUACCGAGUAAGAUUCUUCGACAUAUCCCGCCCAUUUCCUGUGUGCGCUUAGAUUAUUAGAGUUCCUCUGACCGGCGAGAACAGCAGCUUUUUUUUUUUUUUUUUUUUUUUUUUUUUUUUUUUUUUUUUUCUCUUUCCUUACGUCACUUUCGCUUCAUCUUUGCUGACGUGUAUCUUAAUCCGAGCUAGCAAUAGGCCAGAAGAGCCGUCUACUUACCAGCGCUCAGACACCCGUUAUAUAUUUCCACACAAAAUAAAUAAAUAAGUGAAGGAGCAGUUGCUUACUGAUUGAGAGUUUUAUAAAAACCAGUGUUUUACAGUUUGGCUUUUGGGAAGCAGAGAGAAGUCUCACUGAGAGGAACAUUUUUCUUUGUUAAGAAGAGCCGGGGUUUUUUUCUUGAAUGAACGAAACUUUAGCACCUUUUAUUUUCUUUUUCUCCCAAAGAGUUUAAACGUCUCGGCUACCUGUCCCACGUCUCCAUAUCGCCCAGUCUCACUCCAGCUCCCGUUAUUCCUUUUCGGAUUUCUUAACAUUCUGCCAUUUGUCUUAAUAACUAAUACUUGAUCUCUCAUUAUAGAUCUAUGCAUUAUGAAGGUGACAUUUUUGACCUCUUGUAUUUUUUGCAUAUUUCUCUCUCUCUCUCUCUCUCUCUGCAGUAGGUUUUUUUUUGUGUUACACUUCUUAGACAUUCCCAUAGUCUGUUUUCUUCACAUUUUGUCAAUCACUUUUGUGCAAUUUAUUUUCAUAAUAAGAGACUUGUAUUGAGUGAGAAAUUCAGUUUCCGCCAUCCAGCGUGUUUUACUUCAGUAACCUGUAACGCAGCAGUGGAUCUGGCUCCCAAGCGACCGGGAUAACGGCUCGUACCAGUGCUUUCCAUUCAUUUUCCCUUUCUUCGCCCUCUUUACGGUUGAAGGCGACCGAGGCGAGGCAAAACAGGAGAGGGAGAGGGUUUAUUAAAGCGGCAUUGCUUCCCGAAGUUUCCGCACUUUUGCCAGCUCCGUCAGAGUCUCUUCAAGCAGUUCAUAGUGUUCAACUGUCAGAUCUUUAUUUUCUUUAUCUUAUUUUUAUUUUAUUUUUUUCGAAAUCACUGUCAUCCAUAUCGUUUUUCGUUUCUUUUAUACGAACAUACAUUUAAUUUUUUGAUCGCAAGGUGAACGGGGAGAAGAAAGAUGUUACAUUUUGAAAAAAAAAAUUAAAAAAAAAACAACAAAAAAGGAACAAUUGUAAAUAACACUCUAAAAAGAGAUCUACUUAAAUUGUACUGUACUUUCUAAAAAAAAAUCAUGUUGAAAGAUUGUCUACAGUUUUGUAGAUAUCAGUGCUUUUGAUUUAUUAAAAUAAGAAUCUUUUAAGAA